AUGAGCCAUCGCGUGCUCGUGGCUUUAUUCGUGCUGCAUGGUGCAGCUCUCUAUUUAUUCACAACAGGUUUCUUCCUCACUCGCUUUGAAGUGUCGGAUCUCAGCACUUGUCAUGUAUUUCCUUCAACUACAGACGUUGUUUUCCCACAUCUUCGUCAUGGCCAUGAACCCAUUAUAAACUCAGCUAGCACGACUUCGAGAGACUGUUGGAUGCCUCGUCGUUUUCGUCGUAUCGUGUUUGUGGUAAUUGACGCACUACGAUUUGAUUUUGCAGUCUCGGGAUCAAGUACUCAAUGGUCAAGUUUCUAUAGUGAUCGACUACCAGUUUUUAAUGAGACGUUGACGAGGGAACCGGAUCACGGCUUGCUGGUUAAAUUCGUGGCGGAUCCACCUACGAUGACCAUGCAACGUCUCAAGGGACUAACGACUGGAUCGUUACCGACGUUUCUUGAUAUCAAGGACAAUAUGGCAGCUAGCAGUCAAAUUGUUGAGGACAAUUUGUUACGUCAGAUGCGAGCACAACAACGUGGAGUUGUGUUUAUGGGAGAUGACACCUGGGACGCGCUAUAUGAGCGUGAGUUUACGAGGAAAUAUGCAUUUGAUUCAUUCAAUGUCAAAGAUCUUGACUCGGUGGAUCGUGGAGUCACGGCACAUUUAUUUCCUGAGCUGCAGAUGCCGGAUUGGGACUUGCUGAUCGCACAUUUUUUAGGAGUCGAUCAUGUUGGACAUACACAUGGACCGAGCUCUGUCUUUAUGGCUGAAAAGCUAGAUGAGAUGAAUCGCGUCUUGACACACUUGAUACAGGAGUUGAAAGAUAUGCCAGAUGGAGAAGAUGUGCUGCUAGCUGUUCUAGGAGACCAUGGCAUGUCGGCCGAUGGAAAUCAUGGUGGUGCUAGUGACGAAGAAACAGGUGCCGCACUCUUUCUGUAUAGCAAAGCAUCGCUUCUGGCUACCGGAGGAGACAGUGAGGGAGAGAAUGCAAGCGAGCUCCGAAAGUAUGCCGAGAAAUUGCUUGACAGUUCGCGCGAAGUGCCACAAGUCGACCUUGUUCCCACUUUGGCACUACUGAGUGGCUUGCCAAUCCCGUUUGGAAACCUUGGUAGUGUCAUUCCGUCGCUGUUCUUCGUCCCCCCGUCUUCAUUUGACAAAGACGAAAACAGCGCGUUGGCUGCAUUCCAGACUCUGAAUCAUGCCUUGCGAUUAAACCUCGAUCAGGUGCGGCGUUAUCUCUUUCGGUAUUCGUCCGCAUCCAAGUUGCCCAAGCGAGCAUAUGAUCAGCUUGAAAAACUCUUUGAAGACAUUCGACGUCUUGAAGGUCAACUUGAAUCAGUACAAGGAAGCAGCAAAACGCCUGCCUACUCGAAGGCGGAUCUCCCGUUGCUACUGCGUCUCCACGAAGAUCUGUCUAAGCAGCAACAGAACUACCUGCGUGAAGCCCUAUCGUUAGGGCGCUCCCUUUGGACGCAGUUUGACUUUUGCAGCAUGGGCUGGGGCAUGAUGCUUCUUUCGUGGGCCUUCAUCAUUGGCGCUAUAGCUACACGGGCUGCCAGUGCUCAUUCCAUCAGUGAGUCGUGGAACCCCCCAUUAGGUGUUCUUGCCGGGGUGGGCAGUCUGCUCUUCCUUUGCCCAGCAAGUGUUAACCUGCCACUUCUCCCAGCAGCUCAACUUUCACGAGGACUGGUAGCAACUUCUUGCACUUGCCUAGCGAAUAUGACUUCACACUUUGUGUUUCGUCGACGAUGCAAAGCAUCUACAACCAGAACCGACGCAAGAACACUGCUGUCGUCAAUUUCGGCAGUGUGGGUGGUGUCCGCAGUGAUCGUAGUGCUUCAUGCGCUAGCACUUCUCUCUAACAGCUACAUCGUCGCGGAGGACAAAGUUAUGCAAUACUUGUCAGCAACCACUGGAUUCUUCUUGCUCGCGUAUACCCAGAGCAUGGGUACCAGCCGGAAUGUCGCUACAGGUGCUGCACUAGCUUUCAUCUUUGCAACACGACUGAGCAGCGCGCUGGAGCCGCCCAAUAUUAUCAAGGCAUCCGCGACUCUAAGGCAAACUUUCGUUCCACUGGUUGGUAUUGCUGUCCUCGCUGUUGCAUCUUCCGCGCAGGCGACAAAAUACACUGAACAGAAGCUGUCCCUUGCAAGCCGACUGAUGCUUACAUCAUCGUUGGUGAGCUACUGCGCGUGCGGAAUCUUUUGGGCUGCUUCACCUAUCCAAAUUACAAUCCUGAGACUGUGGCUGCCGCGGUUCGUUUACAUAAUCUUCCUGGGAGCACUCAGUUGCUUACUCGCGCGUGUAGUACGGCAAACCAUGCGAAAGGAUCCCUGGGAGUUAACACCUGACCACUUGCUGUUGGUCUGGCAGCUCGUCCCAGCAUUCAUGCUAGUGCUGGGACCUACGUCUCCACUGUCGGUGUUGUGUCUUGUGGUGCAGUGUCUAAGCUUAUCAUUCAUUGUCUCGUGUCAUCAAUUCACUUCCCCGACACUAUUUGGAGACAUAACGCCAUGGGUACUGCUUUGGGCUUCGUGCUCAUACCACGCAUUCUUCACAACAGGCCAUGCAAACACAUUUACAAGUUUGCAAAACGCUGCCGGAUUUGUGGGCUGUGACGUCUUCAAUUUUUACGUUGCAGGGGUUCUUCUUGGCCUCAACACGUUUGGCUGCUUUGCGUUGGCCGUACUGGCGCUUCCUUGGUUAAGUUUGAAGCGACAUUCUGACGAAACCACAGUCGUUCUUGCUUUCUCGGCCUAUUUCUCGCUGAAUGCGCUGGUAUCAACCGUGUUUGUCGCGCUCCAACGAAGGCAUUUAAUGGUGUGGGCUAUCUUCGCGCCCAAAUUUAUCUUCGAUGGGGUGGUCCUGCUGGUCACGGAGUUGCUGCUGAUUCUGCUGUAUGCUCCAUUUUCAAAGCAUACUCAGUCAAGACACAUAGACUAG